GGGCUCAUCCCAACCGCCUCAGCCUGCGGGACGGGAACGUCCGGCGGAGCAUUGCCCUUUUAAGCUGUGGCCCCACUGCCUCCUCCCCGACUCCCGGAGGGGCUCCUGCAGCCGCCGCGACCUCCGUCCCUCCUCCCUCCUCCCUCCCCGCCCGCCUCGCUCCCGGCGGCGGCGAGCGGCAGCUGCGCUCCGUGCUGCUGGCGGGGAGAGCCCCGGGGCUGCGGUGAGCCGGGUGCUCUGUCCCCGCUGUCCCUGUCCCCGCUGUCCCUGUCCCCGCUGUCCCUGUCCCCGCUGUCCCUAUCCCGCUGCCUGCCCCGGCGCACUCGGGGACCAUGGGAUGCUGCACCGGACGCUGCACCUUGAUUUUCCUCUGCACUUUGCAGCUGCUUGCUGCAUUAGAGAGGCAAGUGUUUGAUUUCCUGGGAUACCAGUGGGCUCCUAUCCUAGCCAACUUCCUCCACAUCAUCAUUGUUAUCCUUGGCCUGUUUGGCACCAUUCAGUACCGACCUCGCUACAUAGUGGUGUAUGCCAUCUGGACUGCAGUUUGGGUCACCUGGAACAUUUUCAUCAUCUGUUUUUACUUAGAAGUGGGAGGGCUCUCAAAGGACAGUGAGCUCUUGACGUUUAACAUCUCCCGGCACCAGUCGUGGUGGAGUGAAAACGGUCCUGGCUGUGUAAGGAAGGAGGCUUCGAUGUCUGGCAUCGCGGGACUGGACAGCCACUCCUAUAUCUCUGUGAUAGGCUGUGCCCUGGAGUAUCGCUACAUUGAGGUCAUGCACAGCUCCUUCCAGAUCCUGAUUGCGCUGGUGGGUUUUGUCUACGCCUGUUACGUUGUUAGUGUUUUUACAGAGGAAGAAGACAGCUUUGAUUUCAUUGGUGGAUUUGAUCCAUUUCCUCUCUACCAUGUCAAUGAAAAACCCACCAACCUUUUGUUCAAGCAGACAUACCUGUUGAUUUGUCCAGCAGGUUUUUCAGACAUGCAAGGAAUGAAUAAGUUGUAGAACACCAGAAAGGAUGAAACUGUCUCUGCCCACCUCCUGCCUACAAGGGUGAAGCUUGUGUUGCCAUGCUCAGGUUAUGAUAGUGCAGUUUGAAGGGACACAUUUGUGCUAGCUGCAGGAUGCAAACUAGUGGAUGCAUUUUCCUUGAAGAAGGCAAAGAGAAACUUCUUAACAACCAGUGCUGUCUGAGCAGGCACAGGUAGAAGCCAUGAGGAGUGAAAGUCAGCCUCAGUGAAUGCAGAGAAUAAGUCAUAGCAACAGCAGAAUGUGAUUCUCAGUCUUGAAGUUGAAUGAUGGUAUGUCAGGUUAAGCUUGAAGUACAGGAUAAAAUAUAUGCAAUUGCUAGUUAUUUAAGCCAUACUUUAGCUCUGUGGGCAGUCACAGCUGAGCUCAGACCUAUGCAUUGAUGCAAUUUUGAUGAUUGGCCAUCCUUCCAUCACGUUGUCACAAAUAGCACUGUUAAAUUUGACUUUGUCUUGCAUACGGAGUCUUCCUGUAUCUGUCUGUGCUUCUAAAGAUCUUCUAAGCAACAAAACUAUCACACCACCAAAUUAAAAUGAGUGUUAGACUGUUUGUAUGCAGGGCACGUUUGCUCUUAAGGUUUCAGCUUUGUUGUCACUGUUCUUCUAGGCAACAGAGUUUCUUGUAUGCAUGUGGCAUCCCAAGAGCUCAGUGGAGAGGGGGGCGCUGGAAGGCCGAUCAUCCUAAGCAGUUCCUCUCACGCCACUGUGUUAGAGACAUUAAAUUCCAGCUUCUGCCCUCUGCUAAUCCCCUCCUGCUGCUGAAGGCACAAGAGCACACUUUCAUGCAGUCCACUUGAAAGCUGGUUAUUAAUGAGAUUCUCAAACAUAAAGGCCAGUAUUAUCUGUUUAAAGCAGCAGUAAGAUCUGAACUUUUGAUGCUUCUUACAAUGAGCUGCAAGAGGGCAGUUCAACGUGCAGAAACUUUUAAAAGCAACUGCUAAGGGAGGUUGGUUUUGGGGAAUAAUGUUACCAAAGAGCUCUUCCAAAAAUGGGUGGGUAGGAAAGAAAAUUAGGGUAAAGGGAAUAAAAACCACCUCAAAAUAGAUUUGUAGAUGUGGCCCUGUAAUGUAGUAAGAACUUCACGCUUUGUCACUGCAGCACACAGCACAAAACCUGGAGAACAAGUCAUUUGUGCAAAGCAGAUGAAUUCCUUGUAACUUCGGGGGUGCAAUGACAUUAUUAGAAAAGAUGCUAUAGGAGAUUAAAUAUUGAUUUUCCUCUCACUUUGUCACAGUGAGAUGGAAUUUUCCACAGUCGGCAGAAGCUUUGGAACUUCUUUAGGUAGCUCCCUGAUUUACUAGCUUGAUGCAGUAGUGUAUUUCUAUAGUAUGAUGUUUGGGUUGCUUUUUUCCCUUAAAAAUGACUAUUCUGUUUAAAAAAAAAAAAACUAUGACUUAGAAAUCUUCAUUUAUAUACAGGAAGAUUAUAAUCCCCAUUGAGAAACUAGAACUGCAAAACUUCCUUAAAAGAGUCUUCAUAAGCUACUAAUAAUUCCUUUCUUCAUUUCCAUUAUUCAGACCAUCACUCACAUACUGAUAGCUUCUGCCAGCACAGGAUAAUAUUUUUCUGGUUAACUGGAGGUGAAAACAGCUGCUGAGGAGUAGAUAAGUUGACUCUCUAUAAAUUUCAUAACAGCCACCAAAUACUAACUCUUGUUUAUUCUGGACUAGCUAUUGCCUCUCUUCCAUAUGCAGAAGUGGGAGUAGAAGUGGAUACUUGAUUCUCAGCUAAUGAUGAGGUAGAGCUUUGCAGUAUGGGGUCAUUGAGGGCCAAAUCCUCUCAUCACUUAAUACAAUGACUGAAGACAUUUUAUACAUUUCCAAGAAGAUGCAUAACAACAAAUAUAUCCAACUUCUUUCAAGUUGAAGCUUUUAGAGCAGAAAGGGGUGAGGAACACAUGCUUUUUGUUCUCCCUUCUUUGUUGAAGGAAGCCUUGCAUGAAACCAGAUCCACUAUAGCUACUGACUGAGCAAGCUGCUGCUAUGAACUUGCUUUCAUUUUAGGAUGAAAUCUGCCAGUAGUCAACUUCUCCCUGAUAGCAGCCCUGCUGCCUUAAACAGGACCACUUCAAUUCAUUCCUUGUCCAAUGGGAUUGUAGUCUUCACACCAGUUUCACCUAUCCUUUGCUGAUAGGAUCACAUUCCUUCCUCUCCUCUGCCCUCUGACUCAGCCUUGCCCUGGCUUGCCUAUUUCUCUAGUCUCUUAUCUCUUGAAAUCUAUGGAUUUGAACAGAGCAAUGAUAUUAGCCUACUCUGCUAUGCAUAGCUGAAGUGUGAGACCAACCCCCACAGCUUCUGUACUGAGUACUCAGCCUAUGAGUUAGAUAACUUUUAAACAAAGGCUUACAUUAAUCUAUUGUAGUGAUUCAAUAUCAGAGAUGUGCAUCCUAUUUCCAGCCUUCAGCUUCUACCCCUACCACUGAAAGAUGUUUUUAAGUAAACUUUUGCCUUGUAUUAAAUCACCUCCCCAAACUAUUAUUGGUAACUGAGCUGGGAUCUGGCAGUAUCUGUUAUCAGCUUGCUUUAUCUCUGAAUCUACUACUGAACUCAACUUCAGUCCAGUUGCUUGCUUUUCCAUUAACUGGAGCCUUGCAAGUGGUCAAAGCCAGCUGUUACUUUUAUUAAAAAAAAAAAAAAUCACUGACACUUUUGUACUUUGCUUACAAAGGCAUGAUUUAAAUAAGCUUCAUCUUACUUAGUCUUUCCACUACUCAGAGGGCAACAGUGAUGUUCUAUAAAUACAGUUAUUUCUAUUUCAAGUUCUACAACUGCUUCUGUUCUACAUUUCACUGACUGUGGGGAGGUUUGGUUCCUGCUUCAAGUCACAAGCUUAAGAAAGAGACUUCUAGAAAUUCCACUGUAUAGAUGAGAUGCCCUUAAUCUCAACACACUGCAUUAAGUCUUUAACAAUAAAAAUACAUUAGGAAUCCUUUUAGAUAGAAGUUACUUUCUGGGUGAAAAUAUUUAACCACACAACAAUACAUCAGCUACUGAAAAACCAGUUUCAAGUGGAAAGAAGGAAAGGCUGAGCUCUUGCUUUUCAUUAGUGAAAGUUCAAACUCAGGCUGUGCUUUUUUCCACCACUGUCUUCUCCUAGGAGUCAUAGGAGAGGAUAUCAGUGCAGGACUGCUUUUCUUAUUUUGUCUUUGCAGUAACAGAAUUAUCACUUGAAGCAAGGAAAAGCAUUCUGUAACUGCAGAAGGGUCAACAAACAUAGCCUUGCAGUUUCUUUCUAAAGCUGUUAUCUUCAAGUAAUCUGUAACGCCUGCCAAGACAGCAGGAGGUUCAGAUCAUCCUGAUAACCAGCACUUCCUGCAGGCUGUAGCCAUUCUUCUGACAUCUCAAUUUGUUUCAAGCAUCAAUGCUAUGUAAACUCAGUUAUAAAGCAGAAGUCUUGUAGCAUAGUUUUGGACAUUA